AUGGGUAAAUUUUUGACUGUCAUGACUCACCUUCAUACUCUUGCCGGGCCAUCCGUGAUGUUGCUCUAUCCUCUAUAUGCAUCAGUAGUGGCUAUAGAGAGCACAUCUAAGUUGGAUGAUGAGCAAUGGCUUGCUUACUGGAUUCUCUAUUCUUUUCUCACUCUUAUGGAGAUGCUCCUUCAACCCAUGCUUCAAUGGAUACCUAUUUGGUAUGAUUUGAAGCUAGCAAUGGUAGCAUGGCUGGUUCUUCCCCAGUUCAGGGGAGCUGCUUUUAUUUAUGAGAAGUUUGUUAGGGAAAAACUCAUCACCAAAUAUGGAGCUCGAUAUUUCAGAGACAAAUCUUCUCCUCCCAAGGUGAGCGUGAAACCCAGUGAAGAUCGGACUGAUUGA